UAAUUCUGUUUCUACCUUGAUUUUGUUAUUAUCCUUUGAUUUCUUGAGAAAGAUAAAGGAUCAAUUUUAUUUUAUUUCGUUUGUGAUGUUGAGGAUUUUCUUUUGUUUGAUCAGCCUUUCUUCGUGCUCGAUCUGUUGAUUCGUCGCAUCAAUUCCUGGUCGAUUUGAUUUUUUGAAUUUUUUACAUCGGAUUCAAAUUUGGGGAUCUAGGGUUAGGUUUUUUUAUUCAUAAAAUCGUAAUUAAAUCAUUUUAGGUCACGAUUUCCAGAAGAAAACGAAAAGAUUUUAUCUGAUUUUUUGAAUCCGACUGUCGAUUGAUUGCAAUUAGCUCAAAUCAAAACAUCUUUUGCUCGAUUUUACCAAGACUUCUCCGAGUUAAAUAUGGUGCAAAAAAGACCAUACGGUGAAGAAAAGUUGUAUGAGGUUUCGUCCAAGCAACCAAGACAUGUAGAACCAAGUGGUCAGCUAGUUUCCUUUUCGGAGUUUCCGUGUGAAUCAAUGCCUCCUAACUCUUACACUUCAGAUAGUUGCGAUGUGGCUGAAGUUCCUGUUUCUUCUGAGAAAGCAGUUGAAAUGGGCGUUCAUGGCUCUGCUUCAAAUUCUUAUUGGACCACUAGUAGCACCAGCGAAGAAGACAUCAGGUUCGAGGCACCUUUUCGCGUAUUGACGGCUUCCGAAUAUUACAAUAUUGAUCCUCCAUUCAGAGUUGUUAUACAUCCAAUGGAGGUCUAUUCCCCCCUUUUGAACAAUCCUCCUCGAAAGUUGGUACCCAUUGGACCAGAUUUCCAAGCCGAAUUACCAGAAUGGAGUGCAUAUGAUAGCAAAAAUAUGUCCAUGAAGGAGAGCACUCAAGAAAGACCAAAUCUUCCAUCUCAAGCUCUAGAAUCCGAUUUUGUGGAUCAUCGUGAUGAAGAAAAUAAACUUGCUGGGACAUGUACCAUUCCAAUGCCUAAAUUGGAAUUACCUGCAGACCAUGAGGAGAACAUUGGAGCAGGAAAAAUUGGGUGCUCCUGUGAAGAUGCUGGUUCCUUUGGAUGUGUUCGACUGCACAUCAUGGAAGCAAGGGAGAAACUUAAGGAUGCCCUAGGCGAGGAAACAUUCGUUAGAUUGGGUGUUUAUGAUAUGGGAGAGGUAGUGGCAGAGAAAUGGAGUGAAGAGGAAGAGGAAUUAUUUCAUGAAGUUGUAUUUUCCAAUCCUGCAGCACUAGGCAGGAAUUUCUGGAACCACCUUGCUGUUGAAUUUCCUUCACGAAGCAGGAGAGAUCUCGUUAGCUAUUAUUUUAAUGUCUUUAUUUUGCGGAAGCGUGCCAAGCAGAACAGGUUUGAUCCAUUAAAUAUAGACAGUGAUAAUGAUGAAUGGCAGGAGAUCGAUGACGAUGUUGUUGCUACGGGAGCUCAAAUGACAGAUGAAGAUGAGGAUUCUGUGGUUGAGUCUCCAAUAUAUCAAAAUUAUUCUGGUCACAAUGAGAUAUAUGUGAAUGAAAAACAAGCAUAUGAUGAGGAAGCUGGUGUUGCAACCUUGGAAGAUAAUCAGACUAUAAACUCUUGCAGUAAGAAGGUCUUGAGUGAUGUGUCAGAAGCAUGUCCCGAUGAAUUAAUUGAUAAUAACAGCAAUUGUGGACACGAUAUUCAGUCUCUAGACAGACACCAUUCAAAUGAAGAGGCUGACCAUGAUGUCGAAGAUAAUUCUUGUACCACUGAUGCAGCUGGGGCUUCUUCAGAACCACCACAGGUAAAAACUGAUAAUUGUAAACACUGGGCAAGUCAUUAUGCUGGUGUUGGCAUUGGCAGUGGGCAUGAUUUUGUGAUGGAGCCGUCUAAUGGUAAAGAAUGGGACAUGGGGUACUUAAGCUGUGCUAAAAAUGAAGUUGAUUUGUUACCAACCUGCACUAUGAUUGAGGAAGUGUUUGGAGAUGAAGCCUGGAGUUCCAAGAACAGAGAUGGUCACAGUUUAGGCAAGCAUUGAUGUAUUCACCAACCUGUUGCAUAUGAUACCGGUUUAUUUUUGCAGUUGGAUCAUCCAUGGAAUGCUUCUUGCAGAAGUGGAGUCCAUUUUUACUUGUAUAUUUUUAGUGGUGAAAGUAGAGAGCAUGUCUGAAAUGAAAUUUGAGAUUUUCGUCCUUGCUCUCCGGUGUCCGUAGAAAAGCUGUUUUGGGGUAGGCGCUCUAGGAUUGAUUUAUAUGUAAAGUUAAUUUUAUGGCCGAGUUGAGCCAUAUUUCGAGAAAUGAAAAAAAUAUAUCUUUUAAA